ACAGACGCCUGUGCCUGCAGUUUACCCUCAAGCUUGUAGCACAGGCACCUCAAGAUGAAACCCUGCAUUCUCCUCGCUUUCGUGACUGCCGCAUUUGCGGCGACAAAUUUCGAGCGGCAAUGCGAUCAGGGGCCAGAUCCCGGUCUCUGCAGAGCAUUUCUGCCCAUGUGGUGGUACAACGCAAAAACUGACAAAUGCGAAGAGUUCAUCUACGGCGGUUGCGGGGGCAACGAUAACCGAUACGAGACGAGGAGAGACUGCGAAGAAACCUGCUCGACCAAAAAACUAGCCUACAGAAAAGAAGGAAGUGCGGCUGCUCUGGCUGAAGGGACCAAAGAUACGGAGUCGGUGUCAGUCACAGACGUGUGCGGGAGACCACCUUUCCCUGGCCCCUGUCUGGCAUACUUCCCGCGCUUCUACUACGAACCCAAGACCAAUUCCUGCCGCCCAUUCAUCUACGGAGGCUGCAAGAGCAAUGGAAACAACUUCGAGACGCGCCGUGCCUGCACUGACUUUUGUGUUUCUGAGUUGGCCGGCUAAACCAUGUCGUUGUCCGAAUAAGAAGAGCUGACACAUUUUUCUCAACGUGGCGCUUGGGAUGGCGCAAGCGCCGCAACGUUCCGGGAUCCGAAAACAGAAGCCAUGAGCACCGUGGGAGGAAGCACCUUCGGAAUAGACGAUGCUUGGUCCACCAUAAACCAAUUAACACCUUUAGGAGUGCCCUUUCUGUCUAUAAUACACACCUUUACUCCUUCGAAGGUGUUAGAGCGGGAGUUAAGCGUGUAGACCGAUUUGCAUCCUUAAAUGCAUAUAAGGGUGUAAAUCGGUUUACAGUGCAUAACUAUCGGCGCACACAAGUGGUCAAGCAACCGGAUGGAAGGAAAUAAUAAUGUAAAAAAGGUUUACGAUUGUGUACAGCUACAAGUUGAAACUGCUCUGAAGCCUUAAGGAAUAAAUGUGUCAGCACA